AGGGCAGAUUUUCAGAGACACAUUUGAGCUUCAGUUUAAUGGAAUUUUCCUGCGUUUGUUUUACAAUUUCAUCUUCUCCAAUGAAAUUUAACAUGGUAUCAGAGCCUAUCUUCAAUGGCGUCUAGAUUUCCGAUUCUUCUAAUGGCUUGAAAUCAUAUUCUGUUCUUCUACAAUUGUUCGAGAUAUUCAUGGCGACAGAGAAUUCUUCCUCGCAUAUCCCAAUCGACAUACAAAGUGAAUUGUAUCUGCAUCCCACUGAUUCACCAAAUUUUUCGCUGGCAUCACAGAAAUUGAACGGCGAAAACUUUCCGCAAUGGAAAAGAUCUGCUGAAAUUGCGUUGAGAGCCAGAAACAAGUUAGGUUUUGUUGAUGGAAGCUCGAAAUCACCAGAUGUCUCUUCGAAUCCUGGAUUCUACACUCUGUUGAAUCUGGAAUUGCGAAUAGUGUGUUAUACUGUGAAUCUGCCAAGGAAAUAUGGGAGGAUCUUGAUGAUCGCUUUGGUCAAAGCAAUGCACCAAAGCUAUUUCAGCUGCACAAGGAAAUAGUGACUCUGGUUCAAGGUUCUGAUUCUGUCUCUAAAUAUUUCACCAAACUGAAAGGACUUUGGGACACAUACUUAACGAUGAUAGUUCUACCACAUUGCAAGUGUGAAGGAGCUGGAAAUUACACUAAACUGCUUCAGAAUCAACAAUUAAUGCAAUU